UACGAUGCGAUCUCAUCUUGUUAUAUUUAAUUUUUUUGUCCCAAAUAAGAAAAUAAUUGUUGGCGAUUGAGUCAGCGACAUGACAUGACAUGUUCAUCAUUUUCUUACAACCACAUUUUCUUUUGAAUCUCGCCAUUUUUUUCAGACAAAGACUAUUGUUUGUCUGCGUAAGGGAUGAAGCAAUCGUCAUGGGCCUGCACAAUCUUCAUCCAAUUAUCGCUCUGUCUCAUCGUCUAUGCGUCUCUGCAUUUUGGUCACCAAUCUUUGUCAUCAAGCAACUACGGUGACAAUGCCGGAGCUCUAGAUCUCCAUUUCAUCUCCGUCUCCGGUGGAUUCAGGCCUCUUCACCGUCAAACUCGUCUUCUCCGAUUGAUGGAGAGAGUUGCGGAAACUUACAAGGCUAAAUUUGUGGUGAGGACAAGUGAGCAUGGAGAAGGAGAUCUACUCCUGCUAAAUGAUACUCGAGUCUCCUCUUCACUGAAACUUCCAUGGUACACUAUGAAGAAAGGAUCUGGGAGUUUCAGAGAGCAAAUAAGAUUGCCUUUUGGUGGAUCCUUGGAUGUUGUUUUCCUAGACACUGGCUCGUUACAGAAGCAAAUGAUGAGUGGAGCAUUGAAUGGGUCGAUGAUCAGCCAAUUAAAAGAACUUACAAAGAUUCUAAAAGCAGCAGAUGGAGACUGGCGCAUUGUGGUCGGAGCAGACCCGUUAUUCGCCCAUACACUAAGUAAUGGUCCGGAGGAAGGCAAGAGAGUUGCAAAGACAUUUCAACAAAUCACCAUCAAAUAUGGAGUGAACAUGUAUAUAAGCGAAAAGGGCUGUACCAUCGGAGCCAACGAAGAUAGCUUCACUUGCAUUAUGGUUCCCAAUAAAUCAGAGAACCAAGGUUCAACUAAUGAUAGUAAGAGGGAAGUGGAAGAUGGGUUUCUUCUUCACAGAGUUAGCUUCUCAGAGUUUGUUACUUAUACUAUCAACUUAUCAGGACAAGUCAUAGACACAAGAAUCAUUAAGCAGAAGGGCAAAGAGUCCAUCUAAGUUUUUUUUCAUACUCUUAUGUGUCUUUUACCCUCUCCAUUGUUGUAAACUCUGUAAAGCACCAGCAUUCUUUAUUCUUCCUCUAGUGACCGGAAUACCCUUUCACCGUUCAGAGUCUCAGGUCAAUAGUCUGAGGGUGAAACUGGAAAUUGCAAGCUAGAAAAAGUAGUAUAAAAGGAGUGACCGUUAGGGUUUUUGCAGACUCAUUAGUUUAAGUAUGAGGUUCUGCUCCUGGAGGGUCUCGACAUGGCGGCUGUAUGUGGCCUCGCCGUCGUUUUCCUCCGGUGGAAGCGGACGCCGAUGAUUUCAAAUCUUUCUUGAUGAGCCACUUUUACAAGUGGUGGAUGAAUCAUUUAAAAUAAUAUUCUCCAUGGCCAUCACCACUACUCUGUCUUCCUCGCUUUCACAUCAUUCCUUCCUUGGAUUCUUUUUCUUUUUCUUUUUUUUUUUAUAUAAGGUUUCACUCUUCUUCUUCUUCUUCUUGGGAGACUAUGAUGAUUCUUUAAGAAGUCAAUAGACCAGACUGUGUGGUGGUAACACUCUUUUACAUGGCGGGGCUAUAAUAGCAGCCAUUGCGGAAGAGUUUUACCCUCUAAUAUGUCUGAGAAAAGGCGAAUCUGAGUCCU